CGGAAUCCAUGAUGAUGGCGGGUAAGAAUGAACUUACGAUUUCUCCACGAAGAUUACAAGCACGUAUGGUGGAGGAUUAACCAGCAAUAUAAGGAGGAGAGCGUCUCAAUGCAAAAUCGACCGACGGUGAUGGUCCGAGCGACGUCCGUUCAACGUCCGUUUGGCGCCCCUUGUCGAUGGCUUCUUAUGCCACAGAAAAACAAAGUGCCACUCGACAGUAUUUGCUGCACAUUGUGGCCCAUCGUCAAGGGCUUGGAUGUUGGUUGUAAAGCUAUGAAUCGAAGCAAAGUGGCAAGAUUCCCUACACUCGAGUCGGAAAUGAGCGGACAAACAAUGAGCAUCUUCAAAACUCACCCUCAAUACGACAUCCCACAAGUACCUCGCCGAUAUCCCCUCUUCUUCGUCUCCUCUCCUGUCAGCGUCACCCAAGUCCAUUUCGUCUUCGAACCCGUCGUUGUCGUUCUCAGCUCCCCCAACUCACCGGAUAUCUUCUUACGAAAAUCCUUCUCCAGUCCGAACAUAUGUCCCAACUCUACGCGCUCUUUCAGGUUCGGAAACCAUAUCUCGUCCCUCGAAGUGGUAUGACCUUAAUACGAUCGAGGCCCGUCGUCCGCAUCAUCUGUACAAACUCCCGAUCGUCGUGGAGGUUGUACAUGCUGAGGAUGUGCAUUGGAAUCUCCGGUAUGAAGUAGUCGACAGCGAGAGUCCCCACGAUACGCCGUUAUAUAUCUCUGUCAGACAGGUAUUUCGCUUCGAAGUCCGCCAGCGACUGGCGAACACCCUCUUUCAGCUCUGCGCUGCCCGUCCUAGGAUCCCAGACUUCUUUCGAAGGGCGAAGUUCUGCAUCUUCUGAGUCGGUUCACAGAGAGAGGUGAAAGUGUGCUGAGAAGUCGAAGCCGUCGACGCUGUC